GUGACCUCCUGACACUAGAAUUUAGUCUCACUGUUUCAAUGAUAUAGAUCAUAUCGUUAUGUUCUUGCGAAUUUAUUUUUUCGGUUAUACUUUGAAUACUUAUUUUUGUUCAUGAAUUAAUUAGCAUUUUACUUGAAUAAUAAUUUUGUUAAUUUGCUUAAUUAUAAAAUGGUUAUUAGAAUUUUUUUAUUUACAUUUGUUUUAAUGAGAGUUUUAUGUGUAUCAUCAUUAUCUGAAGAACAAAAUUUUUAUAAAAUACAAGAAGAUAAUAGUGCUAGUGUUAAUAUUUCUAAACAAGUGCCUUCUACUGAUGCUGAUAAAUGCUGCAAGUGUUAUAGUGAUACAGCUACUAGUAAGUUGAUGAUAAAACUAAUAUUUUUUUUGUUUUCAAAACAUCUUGAAGUGUAUAGUUUUUUAAAUAAUAUUUUUGUUAUUACAGAGUGUCCAAAAGACAUUUGUGAUUUAGGAUGCAUUAAUGACUGUGAUCCUCUUGAUGAAAAAUGCGUUUACACAAAAAAUUGUGAAGAUGUAUAUGGUGAUGUAUUUAUUGCUGUAUUUCUUUUACUAUUUUUUUUAGUAUGUCUUUUAAUUUUUUUAAUGAUUGCUGGUUUAAUAUAUCGUCGAGAUGAUGACUUAGAAAUGGAAAUUGGACGUGUACAAAAUAUUACUGAGCCAGUUAUAUCAUCAAACAGUAUUUAUUCUUCUCAAAAUCUUGAAAAAUUAAAUGUUAAUAAUUCAAAUAAUUUAUUAUCUAUAAAAACUGCCAAUAUUAAAAAAUACAAGUUGGAAUCUUGCAAUAGUAUUGAGGAUAAUACAAUUUUCGACGAGUUUUUUAUCAACAACAAUCAAAUGACUUCAAUGAAAAAUAUAGAUAUUAAAAAUUUAAAUUUUCCUAAAUACUUGAGAAAAUUUGAUACAGAAAAAAUUAUUAAUAAGCCUCUGUAUGAUGAGAUAAUACUUAAUCAUGAUAAUAAUUUUAAUCAGGCACUUUUUGAAAAGCUCCAGAAUAAUUUUCAUUAUAUCUAAUUACAAAAAUAAAAAAAGAAAAAAGGGUAUGUUAGAUUUAUUAUAAUUAUUGUAUCGAGGA